UUGAAGGAGGUUCUGCUCGCACUUCCGAAACAGCGCCGAACGGGACUUUUCUCAGCAACACAAGCAAAGGAGUUAGAAGACCUGUCGAUGUUUGGAUUACGAAAUAAGAAAGUUAUAAAAAUCAAAGAAUCCAGCAAUCUGGUCUCUCCUUCGACACUAAACAACUUUUACACCGUUUGCGAAGCAGCAGAGAAAUUAAUAUGUACUGUUGAAUUUAUUCGGAACAAACCAGACAAGAAAGUGCUUGUGUUUUUUCCAUCUUGUGGAGGAGUGAAAUAUUUCCAUUCCAUUUUGAGUCGUGUUCUCACGAAGCGGCCCUUGUAUGCUGUUCAUGGUCACAGUUCCCAAGCUGAGAGGACGAAACAGAUUGAUGAGUUCCGGAAAAGCGACAAUGCAGUUAUGUUGUCAACGGAUGUAAUGUCUCGUGGUAUCGACAUCCAGGAUAUUGACUGGGUCGUACAAUUCGAGGUGCCCAAGUUAUCCAGUUGGUUUGUUCAUCGAUCAGGCCGAACGGCUCGCUGCGGACGAGAAGGAAACGCUCUGUUAGUUCUUUCCCCCCAACAAACUGCUUAUGUUGGUUACCUAGCGAAGCAUGAGAAGGUUGAGUUGAAGCAGAUAUCAGUGCCAAGCAGUAACGCGCAGAAAGCUACCCAACUCAGAGAGAAAGUGAUCAAGAUUGUGUGCUCGGAUCGGGAAAUUCUGGAAAAUGGCACAAGAGCGUUCGUUAGUCAUAUCGAGAGCUAUGUGAAGCACGAUUGCAACAUCGUUUGCGGUCUGAAAGACCUGGACGUAGCCGGGCUCGCUCAUGCUUACGGUCUGCUCCGGCUGCCGAAAAUGCGAGAACUCAGUGGACGUAAGGAUCUUGAUAAUUUCCAACGGAGUGACAUUGACACAUCAACCAUCAAAUACGCGAAUCCGGCAUUGGAAAAGAAACGAGCCGAGAUAAUGACUGCUAAACAUGAGAAAAGGGUCAAAGUGAUGAAAGAGAAGUUGGCAAAGAAAAAUGCUGAGAAGAAGUCUGCUGAGAAGAAGCCGAAGGUGAAGAAUGGCGUGAAGACUGCAGGGAAGGCGGAGGUAGGAGCGAUUCUUUUCAAAUCUUCCAAGAGGAUGGACAUGAGAAAAGGGUCAAAGUGA